GAGGAGAUUUGGGGUUGCAGGAUAAAGAUGAAGAUGGAGAUGAAUAGGGCGUAGCGAUGGCAAACGGAGUCGACCAUACCGAUCUCCAACUCCACCUUUAUCUCCAUCUAGUAAUAAAAUUUCGUUUGUCGUGUUGGAGAUGAUCUUAGGGAUGGGUCCCACUUGCCACCGGUCAAAUUUCGAACAGAUAAUCUUUGUUUAGUGGAAACCUCCAAAAAUGGACGACUCUCUCAAACCCAACUAACAAUUCACCACACAUUUUUCGAAUUGCUUGAAAUUGAAGCUGCUGAUUUCUUACAUACAUCAACAAAUUUGUAAAUUAUUCUGCGUGAGACGAGGAUGGCCUUAGGGGACGGCGGUGGCGGUGGUGUUGUUGCUGUUGCUGGAGGACAAGCAUGGAAGGCACACGCAGCAAUGGCGUUGGUUCAAUUGUUAUAUGGAGGAUAUCAUGUGAUCACCAAAGUAGCUCUCAAUGAUGGAGUCAACGAGAUUGUUUUCUGUGUGUAUCGUGAUAUCGUUGCCCUCUCUAUCCUCGCUCCCAUUGCCUAUUUCCGUGAAAAGACAACCAGACCAGCUAUGACCAGGCGCCUUCUUAUGUAUUUCUUUUUUCUUGGGUUGACUGGGAUAUUUGGGAACCAACUUUUGUUUCUUGUUGGUCUUGGCUACACAAAUCCAACAUAUGCUGCAGCCGUUCAACCUUCAAUUCCCGUCUUCACAUUUAUACUUGCUGCAAUGAUGGGUAUAGAAACAGUGAAUGUGCUCAAGACUGAAGGUCUGGCAAAGGUUGGAGGCACACUUGUCUGUGUUUCUGGUGCCAUCUUAAUAGUUCUGUUCCGAGGACCGGCUCUUUUGGGGUAUGCAGACAAUUUACCUGUGGCAAGUGGUCAACGAGAGCCUGCUGGAUGGAUGUUCUCUAGUUUUGUGGGCUUCGGGAUUGAUAACUGGCACCUUGGUGUCCUGUGCUUAAUAGGGAAUUGCAUGUGCAUGGCAGCCUAUCUAGCUAUUCAGGCUCCCAUGUUGGCCACGUAUUCUGCAAACCUAUCCGUUACAGCAUAUUCGUACUUUUUUGGUACUCUCUUUAUGGUAGCAACAGCAGUUUCCGUGAGCAACGAGUCAACAAACUGGAAUUUGACGCAGUCUGAGGUUUUGGCAGUACUUUAUUCAGGAAUUGUUGCAUCUGCAUUGAACUAUGGACUUUUAACAUGGGGCAACAAUAUCCUGGGACCUGCUUUGGUUGCUCUUUACAUGCCACUUCAACCUGCUGCAUCUGCUAUUUUAUCAAGAAUUUUUCUUGGAAGCCCAAUAUAUUUGGGAAGCAUUUUAGGAGGAUUUUUGAUCAUAAUGGGGUUAUAUAUCGUGACUUGGGCGACGUAUCGGGAAAAAGGACAAGCAGCUUCAGGCGUUGGCCAUUCUCGGACGUUGGAGCCACUGAUAGAUCAGGUUGGGUCCGGGCCUUCACCAUGAGUAACUCCGAUCAUGGAUUAACCGAGAUGUGGAAUCUCAAUUGUUCUUUUAACACUUUAUGUAAAAUCACGAAUUGACCAAAAUGCCCCUGAUUUCAUAUAUGGACGUUAUAAUACCAUCAAUGAAAGUAAUUCAAUAUGUUGGACGUAUUUGUGUAAUUUUUGGCAAGAAAUGACAAUAUCUGGAGUUCGCCCAAAGCACAAGGACGAUUCAUGUAAUUUACUCCAAAGAUAAUCAUGAAAUAUAUUGGAGUAUUUUGUCGUACGGUU